AGAUUCGAAGACCCAAUGAGGAAUUUUGAGGUUUCUGCAUCCUCCUCUGCUAGAGCCGCGGCGGAAGAGCUUGAGAGUAAGGCGGGGGAACGGGAGGGAUGCAAGGAUGAAUCUCAAGAGGAGAGGAAAAGAGCUCCUUCCGAAAGAGCCGCGGCGGAAGAGCUUGAGAGUGAGGCAGGGGAACGGGAGGGAUGCAAGGAUGAAUCUCAAGAGGAGAGGAAAAGAGCUCCUUCCGAAAGUAAGAAGAGGCGAAGAAAGGGGCGGCCCCACAAAGACAAGGUUGCAGAAAUUGCGAAGGGAAAGAAGCAGUCACAACACAAUUGUGAGAUUUCCAAGAAGCUGGCUCAGUUGAAUCAGUGGGGAAAAUCCGAGGCGGAAGAUCCUCGGAAGGGGGAUUUCAUGAGAGUUCGUCUCCCCGGAUACGAGGAAGUCCCUUUCCUUCAGGCGGCUAAGCGGUAUCAAGAAGAAUAUUAUCCAGGUGCAGAGAGGCUGGCUUACUCGUUCCCUCCUGACUACCUUAAAGGUAAGGAACAGGAGAGGCUGUUUGAAGAAAUGAAGAAGGCAGAACCGAGUGCUAUUGAAGAUGUGAAAAUUCCCGGAACUUCUACGGCCGUAGCAGAAGUGUUUAAAUGCUUGAAAGACGAAUUCAAAAACUCUCCAAGCUUUGUAACCUACGAUUAUAGGUUUGAAGAGACGUUAUACAAAGCAAUGGGAUUCUCAGGCGAAAAACUGCACAAUACCAAUCAAUACUAUCAGGAGAGAGGAGUAGAUAAAUUUCUGUCGGAUCAUGACGUUUUUGGGAUAGUCUUGGAAGGGGAUCGAGUUAUCGUUCUCUCUUUCGAGGUGAAGAGCAGAGGUAGAACAGAUGGCAAGCACCCUCUGAAAUGUCUAGUUGGAGAGGGUGAAUACCAACUCAACAUCGGUAAGCGCUGUUUUCAGCAAUUUGUUGGAGCUGCAGCAGCACCUUAUAUUUAUUUCUCCAGUUUCGUCGCUCUGCCGUAUCUCUCGAGAAGUGACCUUGGAAAGUCCUUGAAGUGUGGCUGCCAUGUGAAUGUCCUCACGAAAGACGAUAUUGAAUCUGGAAUUGCAUUCAGAAGGUUCCUCAGCAAACAUGGGAUUACCCUGAAAAGAAAGAAUACCCAAGAUCCUGCAGUCAAGAAGUGUUAUUUAGAUACGAUGAGAACAUAUCUCGCAGCUUCUGCUUGCGUAGAGGGAAUGCCAAGGACAGUGGAUGAUCUCCACAAGAACAUCUCUGGAAGUAGGCAGAGGACUUUGCUUCUCCUCACUCCUCGUCAGAAGAUGAUCCUACGCGAAAGCAAGCCUGUGAUUUUCCUGGCCGGGGGACAAGGCACGGGGAAGACGUAUUUGCUUCUCAGAAGAGCCCAAGAACUGGCAGAAAGAGAUGAAAUUGUCAACAUCAUCAACAUGUCAGGGGGACAUUUAAGUCGUGAUUUCAUAGAAUGGAGAGACACGCAAAAAUUCAAAGAUAAAAUAAAAAUAUUGAGCCCAACCGAAUUUCUAGGUAGCGAUCCACAAGGAAUCGAUACGUUUCUUCAGAAGGUCAACGCUGAAAAGGAAGGCCAUUUUCUGGUUGACGAAAUGCAGAUUAACUGGGGUUUGGACGGAAGGGAUCCGGAGGAGGUCGGGAAAAGUUGGAAGGAGUUUGCAGAGAAGGUGGAAAGCCGAAGCAUAUGUAUCAUUUGGCGUCCCAGUGACACCACUUACCCCGAGUCGUUUGACAUCCAGAAAGUAAUCGAUUCCGUGGGGGAAGAAAAGGUGGAACUGCUGUCGGCGAUAGUACGAAACACCAGACAAAUGGGGGAGUUCGUGAUCGAAGUCACCCGGUUCAUUCACAAGAGGUUCCGGUGCAACUAUCAAAUGCCUAUGCAAGGCCUAAGAAAUGAACUGCAUCGGGAGGAGGAUGCAGGUAAACCAGGAGUUGUCUUCAUUGAAACGCACACAGUAGAUAAAAGUGUGCACCUUUGGGCAGCUACUGCUGUCGUGGCAAUCAGUCAAUGGAACUAUGGAUCGACGGAAAAUUCCUCGCCCUUUGUCAUCAUCACCAGGAAUGACUGGGAAAGGAAGGUCUUAGUUGGAGAAUUAGGAAGUCGGCUGAGAAAGAGAGUGGCAUUCCUCGACUCUGGAAGUAUACUCCGAGGAAAUCCCCAACCAGAGUUCCUCGUCUUUCAUCAGGCCGAGGUUACUGGGAAGUCUUUCGAGAAUGUCAUCCUCUUAGAUGAUUGCAAGUUCUACUACCGUUCUUGGUCCGCUAUGGUAAGCAUGGCCCGACGCUCCCUGCAUGUGAUCACCACAGAUCCACUGCCCUCCGGCCAUUGGGAAGAGCCUGCAAGGAUCGGACUUGUCUCAUGCUGUUCUCUUAGAGAACCUGACGAGCCAUCUACAGAUGCUUCUUCUAAUCCACUUAACGCAUCUGAUUAUGCAGAAAUCCCUAUGAACAAUUUCGUUGAGCCAGAUACUCACGCUCCAACUGACAUGAUAUUAGAAGACAUACAACUAUUAUUUGGACCAAAUCGUUCCGGAAAGACGUCAUUUCUCAUAGAGAGAUUGGAGAGAAGGGCCAAAGAGGCAAUAUCCAAGGUACGAAUAAUUUACGUCGACAGUAGCAGAUGGUAUGCGAAGUACAAUACAAGAAGCCUCACCCCACUGGAAAUGAAAGUGAGGAUAAAAAGAAGAGGUUUGGAAAACGUUUUCGAGAUUUUUGAUAUCCACGAUCUCCUGAAGGCGCAUGAUCUCGAGCACGAACGCAUUCUCUCGCCUCGAGUCAUUGAGCAACUUCUGGUGAAAAUGCUAGAGAAGAUGAAAGAGGAAGGGCGAAAACUCCACAUCGCCUUCGACGACGCACCAGUUCAUCGAAUUGGAACGCCUGGAGAUACUGAGGGGUUGAUAAGGGAUUGGGAAUCAAUCCUGGAAACCCUCCCAAUUCGAUUCCAUGACUCUCUGGCUUCUCUCGCCAUCGCCUUUCAGUCCUACAUCCAUUAUAGGACAACUUUCGACGUCAAGAAGUUCAAGGAAGGGUUCAAACUUCCUUCGGCAGACGUGAGAAUCCUGGAGAACGGAUAUCGGGAUGUGGGCUUUCCCAGCCUCAUUCGUUACGUCCUGUCCCACGAAUCCCCACAUGAACUGAAUGUAAAGCCAGGGACCCUUAACACAAGACCCCAGCUUUCCUCCCUCGUUUUUGGGGAGAAACCGAUCCUUAUUACUCCUCCUUCUCAAGCUCAUUACCAUGGAGGAUUCAAGUGCAUCAACAACCGGGGUCGAGGAUGCGUUGCUCUCACUGCGGCCGAUUACCUGCAGCCCCACAAUCUCGAGAAUGUCGUGGUGUUAAUAUCGGAUGAAUGGGUUCGGAAGAUCUUCACAGAAGCUCUUAAAUUGAUGAAAGCCGUAAUCCCUCAAAUCUACCACCCGGAGGAAUACCGCGGAUGUGAGAGUCCUGCGGUGAUGUGCGUGGGGGUAGAGGACUCGUGGAUGGUGGAAGCGAUAUCCAGGGCCAUCAGGACCCUCUACAUUGUGGAAGCGGGGACACACCCCAUGAUAAAAAGUCGAAUGGGGCUCUGGACGGAGAUGGAGAGGAGAGAGGCGCAGAGAAUUUUCGCCUUGGGACAAGGCGCAGAUUCGCGAUCCGGGAUAUGGGAAAUCGAUCAAUUCUCCCCGACUCUCUGGGUGCGUGAUAACAACACACUAGUCGACUUGCUUCUAGCUCAUUCGGGCAGACUUAUCCACGGGAGAGAGAGGGAAAUACGGAUCUUCCAUGUUGAAAAGGAUCCCCGUGAAGCUCCCGACAGCUGGGACGAAGUCAUACCCGUUCCAGAUCCAUUCCUCGUUCAUUUGACCGCUGGAGUUGCAUGCCAUGACUCUCUUUUCCUCAUUGGAGGAAAAAGAAAUCCUCGGGAAGUGCUCCGCCUAGACCUGAAUGCAGAUAAAUGGAUCUCCAUGUCCCCCUUGAAAAUAGGAAGAAAGGGUGCAGCUUCAGUGAUGCGGGAUCCCCACACCAUCUUAGUCUUGGGAGGCGAGGACCCUGAUGCGGGGAAGCUACUCGCUAGCUGCGAGUUCUUAGACACAAGAGAAAAAUCUUCGAAUUGGCUUCCUUUCCCCCACGACAUCCCAACACCCAUCGAUAAUCAUGCUGGCACUUGGAAUAAUGAUUAUGUUUACAUCUCGGGGGGAUGGAAUGGAAGAGAAACCACAAGAAAUGUGUGGAGUUGCAGGCAAGCUAGGAUGCUUAAAUUGAGCUCGGAUGAGGACAACCAGCGGAUCUUCAUCGAAAUCCUGUCAUCCAAAUGUCAGAUACGGUGCUUGGAGAACUACAUAAUCAUCAUCCCAAAGGAAUUUCAAGGUUUUGAGAGUAAUUUGACGGUGUGCAUCGGAAUUGAGUAUUUGCGGUUGGUGGAAGGAAUCUUCCGAGACAACAUGUCCCUCGCCAGUUUCCACAGACCGGAAACUUCCUUCUUUCUUGAACUUUAA